GUCAUAUUGUGUAGCCUCCAACCCACUGGAUUGAGAGAUAUUCACCUGCGACUAGAAACGAUCUUGGCAAUAGAACAAGAGUGUAAUUGAGCACAUACCUCUCUUCCGUAUAAUUUCGUUUCUCUUGCAAACAUGUCCGCGAAGGCAAUCUACGAGGCCGACGGCAAGGCCAUUCUCAACUACCACCUCACCCGUGCUCCUGUCAUCAAGCCGAGUCCUCUCCCUAAGCCUACGACGCAUAACCCGCCGCCGAAGCUAGCUUCACUCUACUUCCCCGAGGACGCUGACGUCAACGCAGUGUUGAACCAGGCUGAGAUCACGUACCCGUGGUUGCUUCACAGCGGCGCCAAGUUCGUCGCAAAGCCCGACCAGCUGAUCAAGAGGCGAGGCAAGAGUGGCCUUCUGGCCCUUAACAAGACCUGGCCUGAGGCCAAGGAGUGGAUUGCUCAACGCGCCGGUAAGGUACAGAAGGUUGAACAUACCGAGGGUGUUCUGCGCCAGUUCCUCGUUGAGCCCUUCGUACCUCACCCGGAUGGCACUGAGUACUACAUCAACAUAAACUCAGUUCGAGAUGGAGACUGGAUUCUCUUCACCCACGAAGGUGGUGUCGAUGUUGGUGACGUUGAUGCUAAAGCCGAGAAGCUACUCAUUCCUGUCGACCUUUCACAAUACCCUUCUAACGAGGAGAUCGCCAACACCCUAUUGAAGAAGGUACCCCAGGGUGUCCACAAUGUCUUGGUUGACUUCAUUACCCGCCUAUACGCGGUAUAUGUUGACUGCCAGUUCACCUACCUCGAGAUCAACCCGCUAGUUGUCAUCCCUAACUCCGAUGGCACGUCAGCUGAAGUUCAUUUCCUCGAUCUAGCUGCCAAGCUAGAUCAAACCGCCGACUUUGAGUGUGGUGUGAAAUGGGCUAUCGCGCGGUCGCCUACAAACUUGGGCAUUACCGCUGUCUCUAGCGCCGGUGACAAGGUCAGUGUUGAUGCUGGCCCCCCGAUAGAGUUCCCCGCGCCUUUCGGCCGUGAACUCUCCAAGGAGGAAGCCUACAUUGCCGAACUUGACGCCAAAACUGGUGCCUCCUUAAAGCUCACUGUCUUAAACCCCAACGGCCGCAUCUGGACUUUGGUCGCCGGUGGUGGUGCUUCCGUCGUCUACGCUGAUGCUAUCGCGUCUGCUGGCUUUGCUGACGACCUAGCCAACUACGGAGAAUACUCUGGCGCCCCCACUGAAUCUCAGACCUACUACUACGCUCGCACUGUGUUAGAUUUGAUGCUUCGUGCUCCCAUGGACCCUAAGGGCAAGGUUCUAUUCAUCGGUGGUGGUAUUGCCAACUUCACAAAUGUGGCGUCUACUUUCAAGGGUGUUAUCCGGGCCCUGCGAGAAUAUUCCAAGCAAUUGAACGAGCACAAUGUACAGAUUUGGGUUCGUCGUGCCGGGCCUAACUACCAGGAAGGCCUCAAGAAUAUGAAGGCUGCGACACAAGAACUUGGUCUGAAGGCCAAGAUCUUCGGCCCUGAGAUCCACGUGUCCGGUAUCGUACCCCUUGCUCUCAUCCCCGGACGAUGGGAAGAGAGCAAGCUUCAAGAGUUCCAGGGCUAAGCGCCUAUGAAUAUAAUAAACACGAUUUUCCGAUUUUAAGGCGUAAAGCACGUACAGGUAUAAGUUGGUGAGAUGGAUUUACAUGUGACUACCCAGUCACAAAGUUGUACGCUCAGGGGUAGAGAAUUGAAUCAGAUUAACAGAGACCUGAUCAUGAAGCAUGAAGCUCCGGAAGAUACUGGUUUUACUAGUUUAUAGAAGCCCGUUCACGAGCCAAAUGCAAUAGACUGGAGUAAUUCGCCAUGCCUUAACCCUUUGUGUCUCCCUUCUGUCCCUCCCUCCCUCGUGUCCCUACCUCUUGAACUCAAAAUGCAUUUCAUAGCAUUCUCCUAUAAACUACUUUUUUAAUUAGGACAGCUUCUAUCCUGGUUUGCACCCAUCAGGCCAG